GAGGCCCAGAGUGUAUGAGCGGACCAUACAGUCCAGUGAAUUACCCACAGAGCAAUCCAUCACCCGCGCCCUGAGAAAUACCUCACUUUUUUUUCUUGGAAAUGAAGAGGAGUGCUUCUAGAUAUGACAUCACAAGAAACUUGAAACCAACAUUUUCAGCAGCCCUCCCUGCUCACACAUUUGCUCCCCUCUCCCCGACCUCUCCCUGAGGCGCUUUGUGCUUCUCUGCGGGGCUCUAAGACACUCCAGUCCUGCCCAAACUACUCCUCUGAACGCAGGAUUUCACAGACCCUGCGUCUGCUCCGGACACCGAGCCAGGCCUGCUUCUGGAGCAGUGGUGAGUCUCUCCAUUCUUUGGGAUUUCCCCUUUCAACCUCUUUGUUUCAAAAGAAUCCUCUAUAUGACAGAAUAGGUCCGCCCGUGUCCCGGUCACAGUAUGGAGCUGCAGAAUCUGUCCAAUGGGAACUACCAUGAUGCUGCGGCACCUGUGGAGGGGGGAAUCCCACCAGAGGAAGAGAAGUUCCUGCCUCACAAGAGUGAUGGAUCCUCUCCUCAGUUCACAGACUUUGAGGGUAAAACCUCCUUUGGGAUGUCUGUGUUCAACCUGAGCAACGCCAUCAUGGGCAGCGGCGUUCUGGGUCUGUCAUACGCCAUGUCCAACACCGGCAUUGUGUUCUUUCUGAUCCUGCUGACAUGCAUCGCCUGCCUGUCCUGUUAUUCUGUCCAUCUGCUGCUGCGCAGUGCUGGAGUUGUGGGUAUUCGUGCCUAUGAGCAGCUGGGCCUGAGAGCUUUUGGUCAUCCAGGGAAGAUUGUAGCAGGGAUCGCCAUCACGCUUCAUAACAUUGGAGCCAUGUCCAGCUACCUGUUCAUCGUCAAAUCUGAGCUACCGCUGGUCAUCCAAGCCUUUCUUGACCAGACAUCCAGCUCUGGGGAAUGGUACAUGAAUGGAAACUACCUCAUCAUGAUCGUCUCCAUCUGCAUCAUCUUCCCACUGGCCCUGAUGAAACACCUGGGGUAUCUGGGUUACACAAGUGGCUUCUCUAUCUCCUGCAUGGUCUUCUUCCUGUCUGCGGUCAUCUAUAAGAAGUUCAAAAUCGCAUGCCCUCUGGAAGUGUUUGGCAACCACUCUGUGAACGCAGUCUUCCUGGAGGACACAUGCACUGCCAAAUACUUCACCAUCAAUCAAGAGACGGCGUAUACCAUCCCCAUCCUGGCAUUUGCUUUUGUUUGUCACCCUGAAGUGCUUCCCAUCUACACCGAACUCAGCAACCCAACCAAGAGAAGAAUGCAGAAUAUUGGCAAUGUCUCCAUCCUGGGCAUGUUCACCAUGUACUUCUUCACAGCCACAUUUGGAUACCUGACCUUCUUUGGGAACACUGAAGCAGAGCUGCUCCAUACCUACAGUAAGGUGGACCCCCUGGACACUCUGAUCCUGUGUGUCCGACUGGCCGUCCUGGUGGCUGUCACUCUGACCGUUCCUGUUGUCUUGUUUCCUAUCCGCCGGGCCCUCCUGGAGCUGCUGUUUCCAGGGAGGCCCUUCAACUGGAUCCGCCACAUCGCCAUCGCCCUCUGUCUGCUGUGUGUGGUCAACCUGCUGGUCAUCCUCGUUCCCAACAUUCGAGACAUCUUUGGCAUUAGUGGGGCAACCACUGCUCCCUGUCUAAUCUUCAUCCUACCGGGACUGUUCUACAUCCGGAUCAUCCCCACUGACCACGAGCCCAUGAACUCCAGACCAAAGAUCCAGGCUGCGUGUUUCACAGCAUUGGGUUUCAUAUUCAUGACCAUGAGCCUGACAUUCAUUGUGCUUGACUGGAUGAGUGGAGAGAAGCGAAACCUCGGCGGCCAUUGAAGUGCACCCCAAGCUUUAAAGCAAUCCUCCCUCAAGUCCUUUUGAUGGGAAGCCAGAUGGAACAUACUGCUGAAAGGCACGGCUCUUUGGUGGGACUGUUUGUAUUCAUCAUAAGGACAACCCAUUCCUCCACAGUGAUGAGAGGAGCCCAGUCUUGUUAUGUAGACCACCAAGGUUCAAAUAUACGGCACCACCAGGAUCCAUCACAGGUGGUGCUCCUCUGUACAGAUGAACAACAUGUUGAUCAUGGAAGCCCCUCAACCAUUAAAAACCUCAACUGAGGAUAAAUGUGGUGUCAAGUAACAGCAACAUUCAAACAUCUGUUUAAUUAUCAGCAAAGUUUGAUAGCAAAAAAGGAAUUGAAUAUGCAUGAAUUGCUUGUAGCAUACCAAAACUGUAUUGCUAAUGUGUGUUUGUGUGUGUACCGGUAUGUGUGUGUGUAUAGAUCAUUCACUGUCUAUCAGAGAAUUGCACAUACCAAAUAAACAGCAUAAGAGGGUGGAACCCAG